UAACUUCACUUCUUCAUCUUCCCCCAAUCCCUCUCGAGUUAUAUAGAGCAGAGAGAGAGAGAGAGAGAGAGAGCGUUAGAUUUGAGAGCAGUUAAAGAAAGAGAGUGAGAAACAGAGAUUGUUGAGAGAGAGAUAGAGAGAUGGCUAGUGGAAUCGCUCGUGGUCGUUUGGCGGAGGAGAGGAAAUCGUGGAGGAAGAAUCAUCCUCAUGGUUUUGUGGCGAAGCCGGAGACUGGGCCUGAUGGGUCUGUGAAUCUAAUGGUGUGGCAUUGCACUAUUCCUGGUAAAGCCGGUACUGAUUGGGAAGGUGGAUUUUUUCCAUUAACGAUGCACUUCAGCGAGGACUAUCCAAGCAAGCCUCCCAAAUGCAAAUUCCCACAAGGCUUUUUCCACCCUAAUGUCUAUCCAUCAGGAACUGUCUGUCUCUCAAUCCUCAACGAGGAUUCUGGAUGGAGACCAGCCAUCACUGUGAAGCAGAUUCUUGUCGGUAUCCAGGAUUUACUUGACACCCCUAAUCCCGCUGACCCUGCUCAAACUGAUGGUUAUCAUCUCUUCAUCCAGGAUGCAGUUGAGUACAAGAAAAGGGUCAAGCUUCAGUAUAAGCAGUAUCCUCCCAUUGUCUAAAAACGUCAGAAGUGAACACCAAAACUGAUGACAAACCUAUGAAUUUUUUGUGUUCUUUGUGAUUGUGUUUAAAUGUAAUCGGGUGAUUAAAAAACUCCUCAUUUUGGCACCUUUGAGACACUACUAGAAUCCCUUUUAUUUCCAGAAAACAGAAGUUAUCUUUUUCUCUA